AUGAAUAGAAGGCCAAAGGGAUUUGUAGAUUUCGAUCUAUAACUAGCACGACCAGAUGUCUAGAAAACAAAUGCUCAUGAUAACAGAUUCGAGCCAUUCGAGUAUUUUCCUCCUACUUCAUCUAAGACUAGACACAGCCCUAAAAUUAUUUUUGAUUAGAUGGUAUCCAGGAAUGAAAAAUCUUAAUAAAACUAGAUGAGCGAUGGCUUAUUUGACCCUUAGAGACACAUGAACUUGUAUAAACCUAAACCAAGGGGUAUAUUACAUUUUGGAAGAAUGCAUAUUGAUAAAUCUGAGUCUUAAAAUGGGAGAAAAUAUAAGAGAUUUUAGCCCCUUAGCUAGCCUAAAAUGACUCUAGAUGACAGAAUCUAAGAGGAAUUGAGGUAAUUCAGAGAAGUAAAAGGUCCCAUCUUAGAUAAACAGUUUCCUAGAAUUAAUCCUAAAACAAGUGAGCUCCCAGUUCACAUGCAAAAUAUUCAUGGAAGACUCUCAAUAAAUAAUCAACUAGGAAGGACUAUAGUUGAAAUAAACGCUAAAAGUAAUUAAUUUAUGGAUCCUCGUAGCACUUUUAACACUAAGAAAGAUUUUAGAGCUGGUUCUUUCAGAAAGAGCAGACAUAGCUCACUUGAUAAGCCAAUUAAUGAAAUUAAGAAAAGAAACUUGACAUUUAACUAAAUGCUUGCGAAAUAUGGCUAUAUUGAGGACGAAUCUACUUCAAAGAAAUAAAGAAUUAGACCAUGGCAUAUAAAGAAGAAUAAAAGAUCAGACGAAAGCAGUGAUGAAUCUGAUGAUUUAUGA